UGGUGGGGCGGCCAUGGGGCGGCCGGCGCUGCUCCUGCUCCUGCUGCUGCUGCUGCCGCCGGUGCUGCGGGCGGCCCUCCCGGGCCCGGGCCCGGAUCCCGUCCCGCCCCGCUUCUCCGUGGAGCUGGACGCCGCCCCGGAGCUGCGCUGGCUGCCCGUGCUCAGGGCCUUCGACCCCGACUUCCUCCGAGCCGCCCUCCGACAAGUCUUCCGGGAGCGAGUUCCUAAAUGGGUGCACGUGACCCUGGGCCUGGUGGUGACCGAGCUGGAGGGAUUCCUGCCCCAGCCCUUCCUCGGGGAGAUCCGGGGCAUGAGCGAGGUCCUGGGGAUCCGCCUCAGCGACGGCAUCCUCCUCAACCUGGCCUACGAGUACAGCGCCUUCUGCACCAGCAUCCUCACCCAGGAUUCCAAAGGCCACAUUUUCCACGGCCGGAAUUUGGACUACGCCUUCGGAGACAUUUUGCGCAAGAUCGUUAUCGACGUGCAGUUCACGAGGGCCGGCAAGGUUGCGUACACCGGGACUACGUUCGUGGGCUACGUGGGUCUGUGGACCGGGCAGAGUCCGUACAGGUUUACGGUUUCCGCCGACGAACGAGAUAAAGGAUGGUGGUGGGAAAACGCGAUCGCUGCUCUCCUGCAGAGGAAUUCUCCGGUCAGCUGGCUUAUCAGGAACACCCUGAGCGAAGCGAAGGACUUCGAAGCGGCCGUGCUCAUGCUGGCCAAGACCCCCAUCAUCGCCGACACCUACUACAUCGUCGGAGGGGUGGCUCCCAAGGAGGGCGUGGUCAUCACUAGGAACAGAGGUGGCCCGGCGGACAUCUGGCCUCUCGACCCCUUAAACGGAGAGUGGUACAGGGUCGAGACCAACUACGAUCACUGGAAGCCUCCUCCGCGCUCCGAUGACCGCAGGACUCCGGCCAUCAAGGCGCUCAACGCGACCGGUCAGGAGCACAUCAGUUUGAACACCCUCUUUCAGGUGUUGUCAGUGGUCCCGGUAAUGAACAACUACACGAUCUACACCACGGUGAUGAGUGCCGCCAGCCCGGAGGAAUAUACCACCAGGAUCCGCCCCAUCUGGUGAAAGAUGCGAUUUACGAAAAAA